UUAAAUAUUCUCUUCCUGAAACUUGAGUAAGUUUCACUUUCCGUUCUACCUGCUGAGAAGUGAGAGCUCGUAGUUGAGUCGUCACCUCCUUGCGAUUUGACUUCUAGGACCUAUAAACGGACCUUCUUACCUUUAAGUCGCCUAUAGGAAGGGUGUGUUGAAUGCGAACAGGACCGCAACAAACACGUCCCGAGAAGGUGUAAUUAUGGCCUCUGAAGUUACACCGAGAGUCGAUUUGAAAGAGGCGGAGAAGCUGGCCCUCUCUCUGAGUGAAGCCCUCAGCGGUGGGGAUGGACAGGAAGCAGUCAGACUGUGCCAGGAACUGUCACAACUUUCUGUUCCAGUGUGUGUCAGCGUCAACAGCCAGGCCUAUCCUCAGGACUCCAUAAGGUUGCGGGUUGGAGUGGAGGAUGCUCAGUCAGAUAACUACAUCCCAGUGAUUGUUGAGGUUUCUUCUGACAUGACAAUUGCACAACUUAAAGACAAGAUAAGCGGUGACUUUGGGUUCGUCCCCUCGCUGCAGCGUUGGGUGAUCGGGAAGCGGUUGGCUCAAGACCGCGAGACGUUGUACAGCCACGGUGUUCGUCACAAUGGGGACCAGGCUUUCCUGUUUAUCCUCUCCGCCCAGGCUGCUCAUCUAACACGGCAGCAACACAAGCUGGACCAGGAGCAACAACGCAUAGAGGGCAUCGUGGAGACCAUGCAACUUUUUCCAAGAGGAGUGGACGGAGGUGGUGGUGACAAGACAGCGCCUCCUGCUAACACUGAACACAAUCCUCCUCCUCAUCCUCCUCCUCCUCCUCCUAAACCUGCGUUGCCUCCGAAACCUCAGUUGGGCUGGGCCUGUGACGGAUGCACUUACUUGAACAAACCAACGCGUCCCGGCUGUGAGAUGUGUGGAGGGGACCGGCCAGAGGGUUACCAGGUGCCGGACAUCUACAAGCCGGACCAGCAGGAGUUCCUCAGGAUUCAGCAGGAGCAGUUGGCCAUGUUGCAGUACGAACAGGCUCAGAAGGACGAACGUGAGAGCAACUUCCGGAACUUGUUGGCAACAGAAGACCAGAGCCUUUUCCCCAACGCCGCGGAGGCAGACUGUCCCAUCUGCUUCACUCAACUGCAGCCAGAAGAAGGCAUCGUGCUCAGAGAGUGUCUCCACACCUUCUGCAGGGAAUGUCUAAAAGGGACAAUAGUGAACAGUCAAGAUGCCGAGGUGUCUUGUCCUGAGAAAUGCGACAGCAAGCUACUGGACCGAGAGAUCAAAGCGCUGCUCACAGAAGAGGAGCACCAGCGGUUUCUGGAGUUGCGUCUGAGCAUCGCAGAGAGCUGCUCAGAGCACAGCUUCCACUGUCAGACCCCCAACUGUCGAGGGUGGUGCAUCUACGAGGAUGAAGUCAAUGAGUUCCUCUGUGGGAGCUGCAAUCAAACCAACUGCAUCCUCUGCAGGGCCAUCCAUAUCGACAUGAAUUGCAAGGACUACCAGGAUGACUUGCGCAUCCGAGCAGACAACGACCUGGCGGCUCAGCAAACUAAACAGAUGCUCGAGAGCCUGCUGCAGAAUGGGGAGGCCAUGAAAUGUCCACGUUGUGACAUCAUCGUCCAGAAAAAAGACGGCUGUGACUGGAUCUGCUGUUUGAUGUGCAAGACAGAAAUCUGCUGGGUCACCAAACAAGCUCGCUGGGGACCAAAUGGCAGCGGCGACACAUCUGGGGGCUGUAGAUGCCGACUCAAUCAGCAGCCUUGUCAUCCCAACUGCCAAAAUUGCCACUGAGGGAAGGACACUAAUGGACACACACACACACACACGUCUGCAAGCACAUGCUACAUGAGAAGAAGCCCAGACUCCAGCUGAUGCUUAGCCUAGCUUAAAGCUGGCUACAUUUAUAUGCUCUAUAUUAUUUCUAGGCACAUCAGGUGGAAUACAAAUAAUUCAAUAUGAAUCCUAUACACAAGCUAUAUCUUCUACAUCUCUGCAGCUGAGUAUGCUGACUGUCAGACAACAAGCUUGAAUGGGAUCUUCCCGCUAAAACAAUACUUUGUUGUGAUGAACGAAUGCUUAAUAUGGAUUUCGAACUCUUGCUACUGCUUUCAUCACAAUUCAGUUUGACGAGCCAGCAAUCGUAUUGUGUUUACUGGAGUUUAAUUCAAAACUUUGAUCGGACGACUACACCAAAACAACAUUUUUGAGAGAAAAAGGCUAAAAAUGUCACCCUACAGCUAACCUGUGUGAAAUACGGCUACAAGUAACAAUAACGUUAAUGCACAAAUCAUUUGAUUGUUUGUUACAACUCAUUUAGACUGCAGACAUGUUACGAUUGCUGGAUACCAAAGUAAAAUCUUUCUAUGUAAACAUGUGUUUUUCUUUCUAUAAUAGCAAUAGAUUUUCUUUCAGUCGACUAAUCCGACUGUGGUGAAGGAUGUUUUUUACACUGAAUGAAUGUGUCGAUGCAAAACAAGCUGCUCUGAUGCACUUAAUGGCUUGAAGGAAGUAUCACUUUGAAAUAUGGCGAAUUGGACAAAUAAUGACGCCAUGUUGUCGUCUGGUUUUCAGGAAUUUAACUGUAUUUUAAGUGUUCAUGUCUUGUAUUCAUGACGUUUGAUGGUCCUUACUCCAAUAAACUGGAGCCAUAAAUAUAAGCAUGUUAGCAUUAUUGUAAGACAAGGAAAUACGUUCAUAUUAAGCUCAAAGAAAAACUGGUCUGAAAAAAAGACCGCUGUGUUAAGUUAAGCCAACUUGUGAUGAGCCUCACUGUACAAGCAGAGUCUGAAAAGUCCAAAAAAUGUCCAACGUACCGUUAAACAAAAGGUUUUGUUGGAAAUGUAAUGUAAUGUCAUUCCUUGUUACAUGGCUUUAGUCAGAUUAAAUAUUUACAUGAUUUAAUUAAAUGGUCACAAAAUGUA